GUUUGUCGUUGACGUUGUGGUACCUUUCUUCUUCUCCUACGUGAGCUCGGAUGGCAAAGAGGUCGUAUCCUUGCGGCGCAUCGCUCGGAGAUACAUUCUGGGAAACUUCACCAUCAACUUGAUCUCCAGCCUUCCGGAGCCUUUCGUCGAAGCGUUGGUUUCUGUGGCCCUGGCAGAGGACAUCAACUCGAACCAAGCGAACCGAGCUCUUCGGAUUAUCCGAAUGCAGCAGAUGACGAAGCUCUUGAAGUACUUGCGCGUGGUGAAGCUCAUUCAGCUUGUUGAGUGGGUCAAGCACUACAAGUUCGUGGCUGUGCUGAACCUACUCCUCGGAUUAAUCUGGCUCGUUCACGUCCUGGCUUGUGGAUGGUAUCUUUGUGCUGCACUCCACGAUGACCACAUGGAAACCUGGUUGGCUUUCCGCCUCGUCAACCAAGAUCAAGAUAUGCUGCUCUACAGACCACCGAUGGAGCAAUGGAUCCAUGCUGUAUACUUUGUCUUUACUGUUUUCACGACGGUUGGCUUCGGCGAUUUCUCGGUGAAGACCCUUCCGGAAGUCUUGUAUGUGUGCUUCACCAUGCUAAUAGGCACCGUGAUGCACAGCAUCAUCGUCGGAAAGGUGAUUUCCGAGGUCUCGCAGGACACCGAGUUGAAGACUUUAGCACAGCAUCGGCAGCGCCUUGUGGCUGGCUUCAUGCAGCAUGCGCGGCUCCGGGGUCACAUGGCCAAGUCUCUGCAGAACUGGGUCCGCCACGGACUUCGCGAUGUACCGAGACAGCAUGACCUUGAGGAGAUGCAGCAGCUGAUCAUCACAGACAUGCCGUUGAAUUUGGCCAGAGAGAUGCAUGGCAGCCUUUUCGACGGCGAGCUGGCGCGAAACGCAUUUCUGACUCACCCUACAUUGCCCGGCAUACCGGCGCGAUUGCCGCUGCUGCUGUCGGUCGUCCUGGUGCCAAAGCUGUAUGACUCCUGGCGGUUGGCAGUUAGCAAGUAUAUAGCUUAUAGAACUGCUAUACCUGAUUGCCCCCAACGCACAAGCGGGCUUUGA